AUGGAGCAACUGAAAGUUGAAAUGGAGGAAGAGACAGUGACUUACGGGGGUUCGACGGCUGCGGCUUCAUCGUCGGUCGGAUCAUCGUCGUCACCGAGACCAAUGGAAGGGCUCAACGAGACCGGACCACCGCCAUUUCUGACAAAGACUUACGAAAUGGUGGAGGAUCCGGCGACGGACACGGUGGUAUCGUGGAGCAGUGGCCGUAACAGCUUUAUCGUUUGGGAUUCUCACAAAUUCUCAACCACUCUCCUCCCUCGCUACUUCAAGCACAGCAAUUUCUCCAGCUUCAUUCGUCAGCUCAACACUUAUGGAUUCAGAAAGAUCGAUCCAGACAGAUGGGAAUUUGCCAAUGAAGGGUUUUUAGCUGGUCAAAAGCAUCUCCUGAAGCACAUCAAGCGAAGGAGAAACAUGGGUUUGCAGAAUGUGAAUCAGCAAGCUUCAGGAUCUGGGAUGUCGUGUGUGGAAGUUGGACAAUACGGGUUCGAAGGAGAGGUAGAGAGGCUGAAGAGAGAUCAUAGCUUGCUCGUAGCUGAGGUAGUUAGACUGAGACAACAGCAGCAUAGCUCCAAGAACCAAGUUGCAGCCAUGGAGCAGCGGUUGCAUACUACAGAGAAGAGACAGAAGCAAAUGAUGACUUUCCUCGCAAAGGCCUUGAACAAUCCAAACUUUGUUCAGCAGUUUGCAUUGAUGAGCAAAGAGAAGAAGAGUCUUUUCGGUUUGGAUGGUGGGAGGAAAAGAAGGCUUACUUCUAGUCCAAGCAUUGGUUCUCUUGAGGAGAAACUGUUGCAGGAUCAGGAGUUUGAUAGAAUGAAGGAUGAUAUGGAGACGUUACUCGCUGCAGCUAUUGAUGAUGAGUCGAGUAGAUUGAUGCCUACUAAAGAGGAGCAGUGUUUGGAAGCUAUGAAUGCGAUGAUGGAAGAUGGUCGGAAUCUUGAGGCAGAGAUGGAUGUGAAAGUGGAAGAUUUUGUUGACUCACCUUUGGAUUGGGGCAGUGAGGAUCUACAUGACAUUGUAGAUCAAAUGGGUUUUCUUGGAUCAGAACAUUGA